AUGCUACCCUUCAUCACCCUCGAAGAACACUACCUUUCCCCUAAGGUCCGAGAAGCAAGCACACACGAUGAAUUCGCCAAUUUCCCACCCCAGAUAGUCCGCAAGCUAGACAACAUCAACGAAGAAAGAAUUCAAGACCUAGACAGGGGCCAAAUCACCCUCCAAGUCCUCUCCCACGCCCCAGGAACCCACCCAGCAUCACUCUGCAAAGAGGUGAACAAUGAUCUCGCGGCCUCGAUUUCCAAAAACCCAACCCGCCUCGCAGGCUUCGCCCUUCUACCAAUGAGUGACCCUCCAGCCGCAGCAGCCGAACUGGAACGGUGCACGCGCGAGCUCGAGUUCGUGGGCGCCUUGGUGGACAACCAUAUCAACGGACAAUUCUACGACGACGAAAAGUUCUGGACGGUAUUCGAGAAAGCUCAGGAACUUAAUGUGUCUAUCUACAUCCAUCCAUCAUGGGCAACUGAGGAGACGGUUGAGUACUACAAAGGCAAUUACGAUGACUCAGUUGCCGUGGCAUUGAGUGCAUAUGGAUGGGGAUGGCAUUCUGAGACGGCGACGCAUAUCCUACGACUUUAUGCUAGUGGGCUGUUUGAUCGGUUUCCGCGGUUGAAGAUUGUUAUUGGGCAUAUGGGAGAGAUGUUACCGUUUCAGUUGGAAAGGGUUAUGCUCGUUUCUUCGCGAUGGGGGAGACAGAGGUCGUUUAAGGAGGUUUGGAAUAGUAAUAUCUGGGUUACUACUAGUGGAAUGUUUGCACUGCCGCCUUUGGCUUGUCUUUUGCAGACUACCAGUAUUGAUCGCGUUCUGUAUAGCGUUGAUUAUCCUUUUUCAAUGAAUGAGAAGGGGUUGGAGUUUUUUGAGAGGAUUAGGGAGAGUGGAUUGAUCGCCGGGGAGGAUUUGGAGAAGUUUGCUUUUAGGAAUGCCGAGGCCUUGCUAGGUGUCAAGGCUCAGAGAUGA